CAUUGUUUGUCAAUAGCAAUUAUUUUCUACUCGUUUAAAAUAACGAAUAAAAGAGGCGCCGCACUUUUUUUUAUAUUUAUAUCACUUUAUCUUUCAACAAGUACAAAAUGAGUCAAAUCCCUGCUUCGAUUGCACCUUUGCUGAGCUCGAUUGCCCCUAAUCCAGCAACACAAACGGCAAACUCUGUUCAUAGACCCUCUGCUGCUACCACAGCUUCAACAUCAGCAAAAAUGGUUAUGAACCCUAGUCAAAUUCAAAGAAACAAGCUACAAAAUGUUCCGGCAUUUUUAAAUAAGUUAUACAACAUGGUAGAUGAUCAUACUACAGAUGAGUUGAUUAGGUGGUCAGAGGACGGCCUUUCUUUUAUUGUUGUUCGUCAUGAAGAGUUUGCUAAAAAGGUUCUGCCUCGGUUUUUUAAGCAUAGCAAUUUUUCUUCCUUUGUACGUCAAUUGAACAUGUAUGGAUUUCACAAGGUACCACACCUUCAAAAUGGCGUACUUAGCACUGAGGGAGAAACAGAACGCUGGGAAUUUAGUAAUCCCCAUUUCCAGCGUAAUCAGCCUGAUUUAUUGUUAUUAGUUACCAGAAAGAAAGGUCGAGAUUCUGAGGAAAAAGAGACCGGUACAGUAGACCUUCACCAUAUUCUGGAUGAAAUUGCUGCCAUCAAAAAGCAUCAAAUGUCUAUCAGUAAUGAAUUAAAAAAUGUUCAAACUGAUAAUCAAGUGUUAUGGCAAGAAAACGUCGCUUCAAGAGAAAGACAUCAUAGACACCAAGAAACGAUUGACAAAAUCCUUAGGUUUUUAGCCUCUGUAUUUUCCAGCGAUAAAAAUAAGCACGUUGUAAUUCCUCGUAAAAGAAGAUUUUUGCUUGGCGACGUCACAGAUAACAACGUGAACAAUGAAAAAAAGAGAAGAUACAGCAAAAUUGAAGAUGUAGACGAAGAGAGUGAGGAACAGAGUUCCGAAUAUUCGCGUCCCUCGCCACAAUUCGAUAUUUCUGAAUUUGUGAAUGACGUUUCCCUUCCGCCUACUAUCAACCAGAUUAAUUCUCCUUCCAAUUCCCCAUCACCAAAUCCCGCAACUGCCGACCUUGCAGCUGCAAUUGCACUUAAUGAUCAAACAAAGAAAGCAACGGCGGCAUCAUUGGUAACAGCACCAAAUUUGAAUACUAAUACAACACAGCACAAUAUUGUUUCCAAUAGUCAUUCGAAUACGCCUGACCUCUCAUCGCUCCUUAAUUUACCCCAAUUUCAGGGCUUGGUCAGUUUGGCACAAACAAACCCAGCAUUAUUCAACCAAUUGACAAAUAGCAGUUACUUUGAUGUACCAACAUCCUCGUCCAUCGAACCAUAUAUCAAAAAGGAGUCGUACAUCAAGAGUGAGCCAUACGUCAAGAAUGAAUCUUACAUUAAGAAUGAGAUUUUCACUAAGAACGAACCUUUCAAUAAGAGCGAGUCGUUCAACGAAGCAUCACUCAUGUCACAUAUCCCAGAUGCAGCAACUCCAAACAAUACACCCGUUGUCGGUACCCCGAUUAACUCUUCUGCAGCAGCAGCGGAAGAAUUAGAAUCUAGUUUAAAAUCACUUGCUACAGAGUUAGGGUUCGAAAAUGAUACUAAUGGUUUAGAUUUUGUUAAUAUGGAUGAUUUUUUAAACACAUAUACUCAAUCUUCACCUUCAAAUACAACCACUCCUGCCACUUCCACAAAUGAUAUCGAGUAGAUCUCUUUUCAUCCUUUAUACAUACAUAAACCCCCCUUCUCUUUCUAUAUAUACAUUUUUCAGAAAAAAAAUAGGCCACUAUCUUAUAGAAAAUCAUAUACAUUAUACACAACCAUUUCCCUCCCCUUUCCAUACAUACAUCAAUUAUAAAUCCAAAUUAAUCCAAAA